AUAUUAUAGAAACGUUGAGAAAUGAGUUUUCGAUGCCUAGUUUUCGUCAUGAAUCAACAAAUUCUAUAUUUAUGUUAAUUAUCUUGAUAUUUCGUCAAUAUUUAGACAUUUUUAAUUUGCCAAAAGUGAUAACGAUUUUGCCCGUUCCGCUUCAAGGUUUCAACUUUGGGAUAUACUCAUUGCAGAAAAAUGUGUCCUCACUGUAUAUAGGUACGCACACCCCGUCGUUGUUUGGUAACCAUAGUAGGGUAGGUAGCCAGGGUAAAAUCUAUGAUCAAUAUCAAGGAUGGACACAAUAUCCAAGAAUAGCGAGUAACCAAGAAAACAUUCAUACGAAUUUAAUUUCGGAAAUUCUAUAAGUAGUGAAAAUUCGAAAUAUUUCUGAAACUAUAAUAAGAUGUCCCUCUAUGAUACUUCCAUAUUCCCGAAAUCAAACCAUGGUGCCUGUGCUGAAUAUUUCACAUCAAUAAAUACAACCAAAUUACUGAAAAAUAGGACUUCAAGGUGUACAGAUGACACCAACAGAAAUGUAUAUAUUGGUUAUCAUCUAGCCCAGAAGGAUUUAUGUAAAGCAGAAAUAAAACUAAGGGCGAAGACAGCAGAGGCUUCAAAGCACAGGCAAGUUCUUGAAGAUCAAUGGAAAAAACUUGCAGAAAGUGAAAAGCAAUUCAGGGAAACAUUUCAAGAUUUUAACAAGUUUGUAAUAGAAAAUGGCGAAAAAAGACUCAGAGCUACAAAAAAAAUUGAAGAAAAGGAAAAACUAUUGGAUCAAAGAGUCAAACGAAUUACUGACCUACAGAGUGAAAUGGGACAACUUGAAGAAAUAAAAAAGUACAUGGAUGAAGGCAUAGUCGCCAUGAAAAUUUAUGAGAAUUUUUUGAUCAAAGUUGUGAAUAAAUAUCCAAAUCAAUUCACAUCCGUGAUGGACAUAGUUGAAAGGUAUGAAUCACUAUUGUUAGCUCGGAAGGAACUGUCAGCAAUGCAAGCAAUUGCCAUGAAUAGAUAUGAUGCAGCAAGAUCAGAAUUUGAUAAAGUUACGAAGGAAAACCAUGUUGAAAUUGCUGGUCUGAAGAACAAACUAUCGGAACUCCACUUACGUUAUGAGAAGGCACAACAGACUUCACAAAAAUGGGAGAGCGUUCAUCAUUUGGUAAAUCUUGGAACAAUUGAAAAAUUAAGACAGACCGAAAUUGUGAAAGAGAGCUGCAGACAAAUUUAUCGAAAUAUAUGUGAAAGAAAAGGAAUUCCACCUAUCCAUGAGAAUGAUUAUAUGAAACAAUUUGAGAUUAUUAAGAAGUGUCUUCGGAAACAUGAACUGGUAAAUGAAAUGGUGCAGAACUUGGAGGAAGAGAAACUAAAACUAUCUGAAAAACCAUGCCUAUCAGACACUACUGAUUGAUUGCAAUGAAUGGUCCUGAAGAGAACAACAUAUUUUUGGUUCCAACUUAUCAAGCGAGUUAUUGAAUGGUUUGAAAAUAUGCUAUAUCCAGUUAGUUAUGUACAGUACUGACCAAAUAAGUCGUAACGACUUUUGGUCGAAUUCAUCAAAUGAUUUUGUCUAAGCAGAAAUAGAAAUAUUCAGAGAUAUACACCUGACUAUCUCAUACCACAAUAAGAAAUAUGUGAUUGAAACAGCGGGCGGUUGGAAAAGAUAUUAGUCAGUG